AUGAGAUCAACGAUUAUUGCUGACAACAUCACCCCUGAAGACAUGAAGGCAAGGGCUAUGAUUUUCAUCAGGAAACAUAUGGAAGAAGCACUCAAGGUGGAAUAUUUAGCUGAAGAAGACCCACGAUCUCUUUGGGUCGCUCUAGAAGAGCGAUUCAACCACCAAAGGGCCAUCUACUUGCCGGAAGCAAGGCACGAUUGGCAGAACAUACGUUUCCAAGAUUUCAAGACUGUCAAUGAGUAUAACUCUGAAAUCUGCCGGAUUCGGUCACUCCUAAAAUUCUGUGGAGAAGAGCUCACAGAAGCCGACCUACUGGAGAAAACUUUCUCCACCUUCCCACCUUCCUGUAUGGUCCUGCAGCAACAAUACAGGGAAAGAAACUUUGCUAGAUUCUCCGAAUUAAUCACCAUCCUGUUGCUCGCUGAAAAGAACAACAACCUACUUCUGAGGAAUGAUCAAGCAAGGCCCACCGGUACUAGAGCAAUUCCUUUGCCUGAAGCAAAUACUAUUGCCCAUCACGAAAAUAAUCGUGGAAGGAGGAACCGGGGCCGUGGAAGGGGAAGAAGGUCUGAACGUCCAAGGCAUGGAAGGAGAAAUGGGCCCAGAAAUGGCCCAUAUGAUCGUGACCACCCAGGCAAUGGCCCAAGGGGUCGAGGAGGACGUGGACAAGGCCCACGUGGUGGAAACCGAAAUGGCCAAGUCCGACAAGCUCAAAUUAGAGAGAACCCUGGUCCGGCCCGUCGCCCUCAAAAUCAGCAUAAUCUAUGUUAUAGAUGUGGAGGCACUGACCAUUGGUCCCGCACCUGUCGUGCAACAGAUGAAGAGAUAGGAGAGUAUCACGCCAGAUGCGGAACUCGAGAGGCCAACCUUGUGGAAGAGUCAGUCCCUGUGGAUACCACCUUGGAGAUUACUGAUUUCCAAGCAGCCAAUGGAUACAUCGAGGAUUGA